AUGACUACACAAACCCCCGGCUAUAUCCCCACCUCAGAAUGGCCAAACCUCGAAGCUCUUGCUGUCGGUUACGGCGAACACCUGAUGGCCGAAUCGUCCAAACUUAGUGGAAGACACCUUAACCUAGUCUUCAGCGAUACCUCGCGAAUCACUCAUUACUUCGUUGAUGACCACACAUUAAAGUGGGAGGUUAUCGGAACUGGUCAGAAUGGUAAUGCAGAAUACAAAGCCUUCGAAGUGCGGCCACAUAUCUUCUUCGUCGAUUUCUACAAACCAUACUACGACGAGCAAGUUAGCGUCGUCCUAAAUCUCAGCACCGGGCAGGCCAUCGCCGGUAUCUCCGGGUUCCAUAUUAUCAAUGGCCAGAAGAGAACAUGGACCAAGUUUGCCGAUGCCUCGAUUGGAGGCGAGUCUGUUACACCCUUCCAGCCUACAAAAGACCUCAUCGGUAAACAUAUCCUGUAUCGAUACACGCCCCGGGACGCAUAUGAACAUAUCUAUCACAAUCAGGGCACAUUUACCUGGCACUGUUUAAGCGGAACCGAGAAAGGACUUGCAGAUACCGAGCCCUGCAAGAUGUUGAAACUGGCCGAUAAACUGUACCUUCUCUUCUGGAGCGAGAAGAUAAUGCCGGUGGAAUCUGUGGUGGUGGUCGAUCUUGACAAGAUGCGUUCUACAGGCCGUUUCUUCUGCUGGGAUCCAAAGCCGGCGAAGCGAGUGCAGAUGUUGUUUGGGUCCUAUGCGACUAUUCUGGCUGAGACUAAUGCUGCUGUGGUUUCUCAAUUGAGCAAUGCUUGA